AUGAUUUGUGUAGCAUCUACAAGACGAGGCCCUAGAGCUCUGAACCAGAUCCCCGCUGAGAUCCUCGAAGAUGAAGAUAUCAAAGCCGCCAUUUCCCUCCUACCACACAACUACUCCUUUGAAAUACCCAAGACUAUACACAGGAUACGCUCGUCAGGGGCUAAGCGAGUGGCUCUCCAGUUUCCGGAGGGCUUGUUGCUAUUCGCCACCACAAUUUCAGACAUCCUGAACCAGUUCUGCCCCGGCAUUGAGACAGUUAUCAUGGGUGAUGUGACAUACGGCGCAUGCUGCAUAGAUGAUUAUACUGCUCGAGCACUGGACUGUGACCUGCUGGUACAUUAUGCGCACUCGUGUCUUAUACCUGUGGACAUCACCAAGAUAAAAACGCUAUAUAUCUUCGUUGACAUUGGCAUAGACACGCAGCAUCUGAUCGACACUCUGAAACGCAACUUCACCUCUGGCCAGCGCAUAGCCGUGGUAGGCACAAUACAGUUCAACGCUACACUACACGGGUUGAAACCUGUGCUGGAGAAGGAAGGGUUCAACAUCACGGUGCCCCAGAUAAUGCCCCUGAGCAAAGGGGAGAUUCUGGGCUGUACAUCCCCUCGCAUGUCCAGCGAGACAGUAGAUCUACUUUUGUACCUAGGUGAUGGACGCUUCCAUCUUGAAUCGGCCAUGAUUCAUAACCCAAGCAUCCCAGCGUACAGAUAUGAUCCUUACUCCCGCACCCUAAGCAGAGAGUGGUACGACCAUGAAGAAAUGCAAGAUCUGCGUCGGAAGGCGAUAGACGUCGCCAAAUCAGCGAAGAGAUGGGGUAUCAUACUGGGCAGCUUAGGGCGUCAGGGAAAUCCAAAUACCAUGAAGAUGAUUGAGGAACAUCUUAACGAGAAAAGCAUACCCUAUGUGAAUUUGCUGUUAAGUGAGAUAUUUCCCGGGAAGUUGGCGAGUAUGCCAGAUGUUGACUGCUGGGUGCAAAUUGCUUGUCCCAGGCUGAGUAUUGAUUGGGGGUAUGCAUUUCCGAAACCACUACUAACACCGUAUGAGGCGCUUAUUGCCUUGGGUAUCAAAGAGGACUGGAAUAAGGCGAAUGGCGGUAUAUACCCAAUGGACUUUUAUGCAAAGGAGGGUUUGGGCAGGAUAAAACCUGGUACGACUAUUGCAUCGUUGGCAGGAUAG